UAAGAAUGUAGCAAGCUUCCAAAGUGAGAAAAAGUGUUGAUUAAGAAACUUUCAAACUUCAAGUUGUUUUCCACCUAGAACCUAGAAUAUUAUCUAGGAAGAGUGUCUAAGAUCUAUAUAAGAGAACUAUAAAACACCAUAUUGGACUGGGUUCUGAGAAACAAGAACAUAUUGAACCGCGCUGCUGGCAAACAGGAAACCAAAGAUGAGAUUAGAGAAAUUUAUUCUUUCUAUCCUUCUAUUUAGAUCGACUGUUCUCAGUUCCUUCACAUUAUCAUGCAUAGGAUUUUUGUUUGCAAAGCUGCCAACAUUUGAGAUAAACUCUAAUGGUAUUCAACAAGUAGAGCAGGGGAGCUUUCUUACAAACAUAACAGCAGCUUCGGGAACAAUUGAUGUCUGUAUAAUUGGUCUUAUUGGGGUUGGAAUAGCAGUCCUUGUUCCUCUGGUUCCAGGAGGUUUACAGCUUUUACAGAACAGAAUAUCUACGGAUAGCUAUAAUUAUAUACAGAAUGCCGGAUACCCUGAUUUAUCUGAUUCUAGAGUUGACUUAUAUAACGGGUAUGACAAUGAAGUAGACAGUGCAGUGUUUGAAAAGAGUGCAGUACCAGUUGGUGUUAAAGGUUUAGCUAUUUCUCCAGCUAAAAACAAGAAUGUUCUGGAGGUUAGACCAAUACUUAAGUACGCUGAUCUUCCUCAACAGGGAGUUGGGUCAUACGAAGAUUAUUAUAACCCACAGAGUCCUGUACAAGAAUAUUACAGCCCGCAAACCCCAAUCCAGGAAUAUUAUAGCCCGCAAAGUCCAGUCCAAAAAUAUUAUAGCCCGCAAGAGCCGGUUGAGGAUUACGGGCCGGUCAUUACCGCAGACAACUACAAACCGGUUCGAACGAGUCAGAACUACCCCCAGGGCUGGACCGGUCAUCUUGAAUCUUCUUCCGGUGGAGCCGAAUAUACUUCAGGUGGAGCAGAACCAGUUUACAAAUACCACGUGAAAGCUGGACAGGAACCAACUCUACCUGAGAACACGUCAAGCAAGAAAAAAACUGGUUCCAUGAUAAAUCUUCAAGGAUUCCUAAUACCUAAUCAAUAUGAGAAACUUGCAGAAGACGACAUUGUGGCAGUGUAUCCUCAGAAAUCCCAGGCAAAUGAAGACGACGGAAUAACAUUAUACUCGGAUUCUGCGGCAUUUUCCGACACCGGCGCAUAUCCUGGGACUCCUGAAGGAAAGACCAGUGAUGAAGAAGAUUUUUCUCAAAACCAGGGAUUUGGACCUCUGCUGGACCAAGAUUAUCAUGACAUUGAUUAUACAAGUGGAAGCCUUGUAUCAUUUCAUACAUCUCUUUCACACAUAUAA